AUCUGAUUACGGAUAAUUAAUUAAGGAUACAAAACACGGCAUCCAAAAAUUUCAGAGGUCAAAAAGAUCAAACUCCAAACAUUCUCAAACUCGACACCCCUCAAUUCAGUUCCCAAGACUCGGCACCAUGUGGAGGAACUCGGUGGGUUUCUCUUCCAAACUCCUCACAUCCAAAUCCUCCUAUAGUCGUCUUCCUUUGCUUCAGCAUGGCGUUGCCAGCAGAUCCACUUCUACAGCCACCGGCUCCGGGCCGGAGUCUACUGAAGCCGCCGGUUCAGUAAAGGUUGGAUUUUCGUCGACGGAGUGGGUUCCAAACGGAUCUUCAGCUGUGAAUCUUUCAUCUUUUGCGGCUGCAUCAGUUUUGAAAGGUAGGGAUGUUGUGGACAUGGCUAAGCAUUACGGGCGGUGUUAUUCGGAGCUUUCUAAAGCUCGCUUAAGCAUGCUUGUAGUUGCAACCUCUGGCACUGGAUAUAUCCUUGGGAGUGGUAGUGCCAUUGACUACAUGGGACUUUGCUGCACAUGUGCUGGCACAAUGAUGGUUGCGGCAUCAGCUAGCACGUUAAAUCAGGUGUUUGAGGUGAAAAAUGAUGCUAAGAUGAACAGAACUAAGAAAAGACCAUUGCCAUCAGGACGAAUCAGUAUGCCCCAUGCAGUUACAUGGGCAUCUUCUGCUGGCAUUCUGGGCACUGCUUUAUUGGCUAGCAAGGCUAAUUUGUUGGCAGCUGGCCUUGGUGCUUCGAAUCUUGUGUUGUAUGCAUUUGUAUACACACCACUAAAGCAGAUACAUCCAAUUAAUACAUGGGUCGGCGCAGUUGUUGGUGCUAUUCCUCCCCUGCUUGGGUGGGCUGCAGCUUCUGGUCAGGUGUCUCUCAAUGGAAUGCUCCUCCCAGCUGCUCUGUACUUUUGGCAGAUACCUCAUUUCAUGGCCUUAGCAUACUUGUGCCGUAAAGACUAUGCUGACGGAGGGUUCAGAAUGUUCUCUCUUGCUGAUGCUUCUGGUCAGAGGACAGCCGCUGUAGCCUUGAGAAACUGCCUAUAUCUACUACCAUUGGGUUACCUAGCCUAUGAUUGGGGGUUGACAUCUGGGUGGUUUUGCCUGGAAUCGACACUUCUUGCUCUGGCAAUCAGCGGUACAGCACUAUCAUUCUACCUGAACGGUACAACCAAAGAUGCUAGGAGAAUGUUCCAUGCCAGUCUUCUUUAUCUUCCUGUAUUUAUGACUGGGCUUCUAGUUCAUCGAGUAACUGAGAGUGAGCAGCAAAUUACUCUUGAACACACGGAUAAGAUUGUCGAGAUGUCACCUUCAUUGGAAACUACAGAAGAGGCACAAGAAGAAAAAAGAAAGCAGUCCAUAGGAAAUGGGCAACGUCGGCCACCUGUAGCAUAUGCGUCAGUUGCUCCAUUUCCUUUCUUACCAGCUCCUUCAUAUGCUACAUUUUAAGUUAAUGAAUCACUCCAAUUUUGUUAUCUUACUACUGUAAUAAAAAGGGGAAGAGAACUACCCCUUUACAUAGGUUUAUUGGAUGUUAUACUUGAUAAAGGUUCGAGUAACCCAGGAUGUGGGAUGUCUAAGGGAUUGGUUUCGUUCGUUUUAUUGUUUAGUCCACAAGUUUCUUACCAGAUCAAGUGGUAUCUUACAGAUGAUGUAUAUGGAUUAAUAUUCUAUCCUUGAUCCGGUGAUUGUGGUAGUCUUUUUACAUGUUUGGCAUUAAUAAUUGAAGAACGUCUCUAUGAAGUGUUCCUUGA